AUGGUGGUCAUUCACGCAGUUUCAAUGGGUACCCUAGUGACCAAGAGGAGAGGGGUACUGGCCAUAGUUCCCGUGGAGAGUUUUCUGGAUGAGCAACCUUUCGAGAAGAAGUUGAAGUUCACUCAGGAGCCCAUUGCCUUCAAUGACAAUGACCUAGAAGGAACGAUCCAGCCGCACGAUGAUGCCUUAAUGGUCAAAGCCCGGAUAAACGAUUUUAUAGUGAAAAGGGUAUUGAUAGAUCAGGGGAAUGGUGCUAAAGUGAUGUAUCCUAACCUGUUUAAGGGGCUUGGCUUGAAAAAUGAGGACCUCUCUAAGUACAACACACCCCUGGUGGGGUUUGAUGGCCGGAUGGUGAUCUCGGAGGGGCAUAUUUCACUCCCCGUAAAUAUGGAAGAUAAGGAAGUAAUGGUGACCUUUAUAAUAGUUGCUUUGUUUUCACCGUACAUGGCGAUUCUUGGAAGGCCAUGGAUUCACGUAAUGGAGGCAUUCCCGUCUACACUGCAUGUUAAGGUCAAAUUUCGCACUGAACAUGGUAUUGCUAUAGUAAGGGGAAACUAG